AUGUCCACAGUCCACCAAAAUUUUGACGUCGUUGUCGUUGGUGGCGGUAACGCGGCCUUGUGCGCUGCGUUAUCCGCAUAUGAAGCUGGAGCAACGGUGGCAAUUCUCGAAGCCGCCCCAAACGAAGAGCGCGGGGGCAAUAGCCGAUUUGCGACCGCUGUCUUUCGUGUGGUGCAUGAGGGGCGUUCCGAUCUUGAGCCUUUACUCACUCCCUCAGCGAAGGCCACCCUCCAGAGACAAUGUCGACUAGGCCCUUAUACAAAGGAGAUGUACAAGGCAGAUAUGAUGAGGACGUCUAAAGGAUUCAGUGACUGGGAGCAGGUCGAUGUUGUUCUGGAUCAUUCACUGGACACCGCCAAAUGGAUGCACGGGUUAGGGGUUGAGUGGCAGCUCAGUAUAAGCAAGUUCUUCGAUGAGGAGAGAAUCAAGGACCAAACGACGGACCUGCCAGCUGGGUCAGCCAUGAUGGCCGCCCAUGAAGGUGUAGGCUUGACCAACAAGCUAUGGGCGGCUGUGGAACGCACGCGAAUCCGCGUUUUCUACGACAGCCCCGCGUUUGACCUCAUUGCAGACGGAGACACCGUGCGUGGGGUACGGACUCGACAGAAUGACCACUUUGUUGAUUUCCGCGGGCAAGUCAUCCUCGCCUGCGGUGGCUUUGAAGCAUCGUCCCGACUGCGCCGACAGUUCCUUGGAGAGGGAUGGGAUCUGGUGCUGGUGCGCGGCACACGGUUCAACACCGGCACGAUGAUGGAGAAAGCACUUGCGGCGGGAGCGCUGGACACCGGGCACUGGGGUGGCUGUCAUGCUUCUCCGCAGGAUUUUGACGCUCCCCGGGUGGGUGAUCUGAAGGUCAAGGAUUCAAUGAGUCGCUACUCAUGGGUAUACGGAAUUAUGGUCAAUCAAGAUGGAAAAAGAUUCCUUGAUGAAGGGGAGAAUAUGGUUGCUGUCACAUAUGCGAAGACUGGUGCGCUGAUCGGAAAACAACCCAAUGCCACCGCAUUCCAAGUCUUCGACCAGAAAAUAUUGCAUCUCCUAGAGCCCCGGUAUGAGACGGGGACCCCUAUUGUGGCGGAGACCUUUGAGGAGUUGGCUGAGAAGAUGGGGAUUGAAAAGCGACAGUUCCUUAAUACAAUGGAUCAGUACAAUGCUGCGACGCCAAAGGGGGAGUUCAGUCCAUUUAUUCUCGAUGGCCUGUCAACUGGAGAUCAGCUUGAGUUCCCGAAGAGCAACUGGGCUGUACCGCUUGAUCGGCCCCCAUUCGUUGCGUAUAAAGUGACUUGUGGCAUUACAUUCACCUAUGCCGGCUUGAAGACUGAUACGUCCGCACGAGUUCUCAACAAAGAGUCCAAGAUCAUGCCCGGACUAUUCGCAGUAGGAGAGAUCAGCGGAGGCUUCUUCUCGUUCAAUUAUCCUGGUGGCGCGGGUUUAGUAAAGGGAGCUGUCUUCGGUCGAAUUGCCGGUCAGCUUGCGGCCCAGAAGGCUAGGGAGAUACCAUUUAUAAGUGUUCUCUAG